UUGUUUCAUUUGUGUUCGUUUUGAAUUUUAGUGUAUUGUCAUAUCUCAACAAAAAUGUGGGGCUGUACGUCUUCUGCGAAAAUGUCUACGAAUUCGUUAGAAAACGAGAACGAUAAAAACGAGAGGCAGGAACCGGAUCAGAUGAUCGACACGAUAGAUUAUUCGAUGAAACACCCUCUGCAAAAUUGUUGGACCCUGUGGUACUUUGAGAACGAUCGUGCCAACACCUGGGAAAAGAACCAGAAGGAAAUCGCGUCGUUUGAAACGGUGGAGGACUUUUGGAGCCUUUACAACCACAUAAAGUUGGCUAGCGAGCUUAGGCAAGGUUGCGAUUAUUCGCUAUUUAAGAAGGGCAUCAGACCCAUGUGGGAGGAUGAUGCUAAUAAAAGGGGCGGCCGUUGGCUUAUUAAUUUGGAUAAGAAACAACGUGGAAAUGAUCUUGAUCGAUUUUGGCUAGAUGUUAUUCUUUGCCUAAUUGGGGAAGCGUUUGAAAAUUCUGAAGAUGUAUGCGGUGCUGUGGUGAAUAUAAGGGGAAAAGGUGAUAAAAUAGGAAUAUGGACUGCGGAUGCAAUGAGGGCUGCAGCUGUUAUAGAAAUUGGUAGGAAAUUAAAAGAUAGAUUGCGCAUCUCGCCGAAGGUGACGAUCGGCUACCAAGUCCAUAAAGACACCAUAGACAAGGCCGGUUCGGUCACCAAGAACUCGUAUACCGUAUAACGGUGGGUGGGCGUAGCCAGACCUUGUCGUUCUGUCGAGUAUAACAACCAAUAAUUAAUUAAAUAAUGAUAAUUUCUAUCGUCCCACCCCACACUAUACUUGCAAAAAAGAAAAAUUGCAAAAAAGCAAAACUCCUUAUUAAAACAUAUUUCCCUUUACUUCCUAACCCCCAAAAUUCGCCUCCAGCUUAAACCGAAAUGAUUGAUUAUUAAUAAUUUUCUUUGAGAUAUAUUGACAGAAUGACACUUGUUUGAGCCCGUUGUUUUGACUUUACUUUGCUCUGUACGAAUGUAUUGUAAUCUUUGUGGUUAACGUACCGCUGUACACUUAUUUAAAACUAAAAAAAUAAUACUUUUUCCCAUU